AUGAUACCAUCAAAAAAGCAAACUCUCGAUCUCAUAAACGAACAUUUAACAUGCCGUCUAUGUUCGGGUUAUUUAAUCGAUGCUUGGACAAUCAACGAAUGUUUACAUUCAUUUUGUCGUUCAUGUAUAUUCUCAUAUUUUAACGGCAAUGACGAAAAUACAGCAUGUCCUGUAUGUUCAACAGUUCCACAUCCAGCCAAUCCAUUGCUUGGCGUAACAAAAGAUUGUUGGCUACAACAGAUUGUUUAUAAAUUAGUUCCAUCGUUAUUUAAACGUGAAAUGUGUCAAAGACGUACAUAUUACGAUUCGAAUCCCGAUAGUAAAGUGAAACUACUCGAACAAUAUUCCAAAACUCUUCCAUCACAAAUGGGCUGUCGUGAAGAAGAAUUAGGUGAAUUAAGUGAACGUUGUUUAUUUCAACAGAAGAAUAAAUUGAACAAUAAAGAAAAUAUUUAUGUUACAUUAGAAUAUAAUGAAAGUGAUUUAAAAGAUUUUCAAGCCAAAUUACAUUUAUUUUUUAUUGAAUGCUCUUCGAAUAUGCCAAUUAAUAUAUUAAAACAAUAUUUAAAAAAAGUUUUACCUCUAUCAAAACGAACACGUUAUCAAAUCGAUGUAUUAUACGAGCAAAAGGUGCUAUUAGAUAGUUUAACAUUGAAUCAUAUUUAUUCAUGGAAACAAAGUAAACAGCCAAAAUGUAAACAAUUACAUCUAUUCUAUAGAGUUAUUAUUAUUGAACGUGAACAAAAUGAAUCGUUAAUCAAAGUUGAACAAGAAAAUGAUACAACUCUUGAACCUGUUACAAGCAGUAUUUUUAAUCUAGCAACAUCCUUUGAUGACAAUAAUCUUCCUACUAAAGUCUUACCGAAGCCUGCACCUUUUAUACGUGCGACUACUAAUAUUUAUAGUAAUCCAAAUUCGUUUGUUCAUACAACACCUUUCAGUCCAGCUGAAGCAAGAACAAUUAGUUUAAAUAAUUCGAUUACUGAACAAUUUCAUGGCAAUGAAACCAAACAAUUAAUUAAACCAAAAGAAUGUACGCUGCUUGAUUGUAAAACAUUUGCUAUAACAACACCGAUAAAUUAUUCGAUGAAUUCUAUUGGUGACAUUUCGAAAUCGAAAAAAAGACCAAAAAAAUCAAAUUUAAAUGAUCAACCUUUAACAAAAAAGCCGAAACCAGAGAGAAAAAAGAAAAUCAAAGAAGAGAAAACAAUUCGUCCAUUAUUACCAGCGAAUACUUCAAUGAUUCCAUUAAAUUCGUCUCCAUCGGAAAAUGAAAAUCCAAAUGAAAUUGUCGUGCAAAAACAACUUUCCUAUUCGGAAGUUAUUCAAGAAGCUAAUAAACUUUUAGCAGCUGAUGAACCAUCAACGCCAACAAAUAAUUCAUCAUCAUCAUCAUCAUCAAUAUCUUUAGCAAAUCCAGUAACAUCACGUUUAACAAAACCCAUUGCAACAGUUUCACCUCUUCAUACAUCAAAAACAAAUCAAAAUAAAUCCGACGACGAUCAAUUAAUCGAUUUAUCAAAAUCAAAUGUAACAUUAACUGAUGCUCCAUUAAAAUUAGAAACUCAGACUGAGGGAACAAAAAAACGUUCAAGGCGUACAUCUUCUUCAACAACACGAACUAAAAUCUCUCGUCAUUCGCAUAAAUCAACCAGCGACGAAGGAAAUGAUGUAACGAAAUCAUUGAAGAAAACCCAUUCAAAUAUGAAUCCGACUCAAUUUUUACCUCCGCCGCCAGCAACGCAACAACAAAUGUUUCAAAAUUUAUUUCAUUCAUUUCAAAAUCAAGCUAACUAUUGGCCAAUGACUCCAUGGCCUGUACCUCCGUCAUUAGCACUCAUGGCUGAUCCAAGAAAUUAUUAUACGCAACCAUGGUCUCAUCAAUCGUCCGUUGCUCAUGCUCCGAAAGAUCUUAGUUCAGCAAGUUUAAAUGAUUUUAUCGGUGAAACGUCCAAUCCUAAUUUUACUUUACCGCCAGCAUCAGCAUUAUUAAAUUCUGCAUCAAAUUUUUCGCGUACAUCAUCAUCCAGUUCUCUACAUCUUCAUCAUGCAACCAGUCGACAUCGACCGACAACAUUGAAUGGUACAUUGUCUUGA